AUGGCUCCGAAGCCACCAAAGUCCUCAAGCUCCAAGGGCAAAUCUCAAGGCGACGAGAAAGAAGAUGUUCUGCAAGCCGUGGUCAUUGCUGACACGUUUGAGACCAAGUUCGCGCCAUUCACCCUUGAGCGGCCAAGGUGUCUACUUCCACUUGCAAAUGCUCCGAUAAUUGAGUACACCCUUGAUUUUCUUGCACAGUCUGGGGUCCAGGAAAUCUUCUUCUCUGCAGGUUCACAUACGGAUCAAGUUGAGAAGUACAUCGACGAAUCAAAAUGGAGACUGAAGAGUUCUCCAUUCAAGAAGUUUACGUUCCUCAAGUCUGCCGCCACUUCGGUGGGUGAUGUGAUGAGGGAUCUCGAUCAAAAGGGUCUGGUUAAUGGAGAUUUUCUUGCCGUCAGUGGCGAUGUAAUUAGCAACUUCCCCAUCGCUGAAGCUCUGGCGAAGCACAAAGCCCGUCGGCAGAAGGACAAGAACGCCAUCAUGACUAUGCUACUGCGAGAAAUCGGGCCACGACAGCGAUCUAGACAGCGGUCUAUCAUUCCCACCUUCGUCAUGGAUCCAACCAAAGAUCGAUGUCUGCACUAUGAAGAAAGCCGACCGGGUCGGGGAUCGGGUCUUGCAUUCGAUCCUAACUUGCUGUCGCAAGCGGAGCUAGAGAUUCGACAAGAUCUAGUUGACUGCAGAAUCGACGUAUGUACCCCGGAAAUGCUCAGCCUUUGGUCCGACAACUUUGACAACCAGUCGCCUCGGAAGGAUUUUCUACACGGAGUACUCAAGGAUUACGAGCUGAAUGGAAAGACAAUCCAUACACACAUAGUCAAUGAUUAUUUCGCAAGUCGGGUAGGUGAUCUAGGAGCAUACGACACAAUGAGCCGGGAGAUAACUUCCCGGUGGACUUUCCCGGCGUGCCCGGACGUAGAUGCCAAGUACAAGCUUUCUCGACAAGGGGUCUACCAAGAAGAUGGAGUGACACUUGCUAGAAGUUGUCGAGUCAAGCCAUGUUCAAUCAUUGGGCGGGGAGCGAGCAUUGGUGAUAGGAGCGUUGUGCAGGACAGUGUGAUAGGAAGACACUGUCAAAUCGGUCGCAAUGUCCAUAUCCGCCAUGCCUACAUUUGGGACUACGCUGUUGUUGAGGACGAUGUCAAGAUCCUUCGCGCAAUAAUCGGUGACGAAGCUGUUGUUGGCAAGGGAUGCUCAAUCGGAGAAGGAGCAUUGAUAUCGUUCGGUGUUCGACUUGAUCAAGGACGGCAUAUUCCAAGUGGCAGCCGCAUAACAAAGGCAAGAAGUAGCAACAACGGGUCGACACCAUCGGACAAGGCCCUUGUGGGCGAUGCUGGAGAAGGCUACUGUUACGUAGAGGAAGAGGACGAUGAAAUCAAACCAGUGGGCUUAGGUAGGGGCACCUCAGGUCUUGUCCCUCAUGAGUACUUACGUGUUUCAGUAUACCAAAGAGAGGAAUUUGCUGCGUCAAACUCGUCCUUAGCAAGCACUGAUUCGCAGGACUCGGAAGUCCAUUCUGGAUAUGGUGGCUCAAGAAGCGAAAGCUUCGCAACGACAGGAUCCGAUGAUGACGGUACAGACCGCUUUCAUCACGAAGCAGUGCACAGUCUUUUCGAGAGGAUGAAAAUCGGUACCCAUCAGGACGACGUUCGUGUGGAACUGAUGGGUUUGAGGUUUGCGCAGAACGCGACGGAGGAUCAGGUGCGACGCUCAGUGGUCAACGCGCUGAUGAAAUACAUCUCGGGUCAGGCGGAAGCGGAGAGUUUCGAGAUAUCAGUGGCUGUGAAACAGUCUCUUGCUAGAUACGGUAACCUGAUCCAGAGGGAUCAAAGUCAAGAAGCAACAGCGGCCGGGGUGGGUUUUCUUCUUGAGGCCCAGAAAGAUCUUCUUCACAGGAAGGGAGGAGAACAGAUACUCCUGCAUCUUGCCAAGGAAUUGUACGACCAAGACAUAUUCGACGAGGAGGUCUUCAGUGACUGGUGGACCGAUGAGCGUUCCGAGAGCACCGACGAGCUCCGAGGUAUCAAGGAAUUCAGUAGACAGUUUUUGGAUUGGUUGGCAGCCGCGGAUGAGGAGAGCGAGAGCGAGAGCGAGACUGAAGAUGAAGAAGUUGAUGAAGAAGUUGAUGAAGAAGAUGAGGAGUAG